GGUACGUACAGUUUCUUGUAUUACUUCGAACACUGCAACGAUGUUGUCCCCAUUCGCGUUCGCUCUCUUCGGGAACUUUUGUCUCCUGACACCGAACUUUACCGCACCCCAAAUAGCCGCCUUGCCCAGGCAAGAGUUGAAGUCUUGUCUGCCUCCGGUCAGACGCCCCGACUACACAUACGUCGAGGGCAUCGGUGCCUACAAGCUCCAUACCACAGCGGGUAUUUGGCAGACCGCCAGAAGGACGUGCAUUGCCGAAGGUGGUCAGUUGCUGGUAGUAAAUUCGGACGCUGAAGCCGAAGCAGUCAAGGCACUUUGGGUAGGAAAGGAAAGCCACAAGGGUUCGGCCAACUCGUUUUACGCUCACUGUGGUUUCCACGAGCUCCACAGCAAAGGCGACUACGUUACCGUCCACGGCGACCCGUUGAACAAAACAGGAUGGCUGAAAUGGGGCCCUGGUGAGCCUAGUAUCGUCAAUGAGAACUGUGGUUCAAUCACGAAAGCCGGAUUCUACAAUGAUAUCGACUGCUUCGGAAUGUACGGUUUCAUUUGCGAACAACCUUGGGAAUACGUCUCGUUUCCAACGGGAGCUUGAGUUAAUCUCAAUAAUAUCCUAGCGAACUACAGUGGUCGAAAAUGCCUCGUGCACCUUUCGAUAUAUUUUCGGAAUUAUACUGUAAAUUGUACGUUAAAUUUUGUAUCCAUUGUGAGGAGCGUUCGCAAUAAAUGAAAUUUCAACGAA